AUGUUUAGGGCUGCUGGUCUGACAAUUGCAUUGACCGCCAUUACGACUAUUGCUGUCCAUCUAUUCUUCUCGUAUCGGCUUUUGAAGUUGAGCAAAGGCAAUUAUUUCCUCACGGUACCAGUGACACUUUUGGCACUGGGUCGAGUCGUUUGUGCUAUUAUCACUUCCAUUGAAUUGAUACGAUUAGAGAGCUUUUAUGAUUUCUACACUCAUUAUCGAUGGCUCUUCACUCUGGGCCUGGCGCUGUCGGCGGCUGUUGAUGUUAUGAUCACCAGUGGCUUAUGUCUGUAUCUUCGAAAAAGUCGUCAUGGCGGAACUGGGAGGCUGGAUCGUGUCUUGAAUUCUGUGACUCUUUACACUGUGGAGAACGGUCUACUUACAUCUGUGAUCACCGUCUUGUCUUUGAUCUUCUGGCUCGUGAAACCCCACGUUCUUAUUUACCUUGCGUUCCACUUCGCGAUUAGUAAACUUUAUGCCAACUCGUUUUUGGCAUCGAUGAACGCUCGCAAGCUUUUGAGGGCACAAAAUAUGACAAGCUCAGGAUCUGAACAUCGUCUUCCAGUUAUUUUAUCACACCAUUUAGCCGGGAGAGAUAGGCGGGUUUCUAGGAUGCAAGAUACCGUUGAUUUCACCAGCACUAAGCUGCAAAUCACAGUCGACAAGACGGUCGACUAUAUUGCAGAUGACCCUAUUGCGACGAGUUCUGCAGACGAACCUAAUGCCAUCUAA